CAUUCAAAUCUACCAUCAGAUUGUAUGAGAAUCAUACAUAUAUUACCCAAGUCGAGUGCUGGAGUUGCAUUCAAACGCCUUUACUCUACCACCGUUCAUUCCAACACUGGUUCAAUAUCUCAUACUCAUCUUCCUACAUCCCGCAAUCCACUCACUGUCCAGCAGAAAGAGCAUGUUGAUAUGAUGCUUCGUGUAGAUCAAGCUGGCGAAGUAGGUGCCAACUUUAUCUACAUGGGUCAAAUGGCUAUACUUGGAAAAGAUCCUCAUUUAAAGAAAGUCAUUGGGGAUAUGUGGGAACAGGAGAAGACUCAUUUGAGAGUAUUCGAUUCGAUUCUAUCAGAAAAUAGAGUUCGUCCAAGUAUAUUGCGACCACUAUGGGAGAUUGCUGGGUUUAGUCUAGGUGCUGGUACUGCAUUACUGGGGAAAGAGGCAGCAAUGGCUUGCACAGAAGCUGUUGAAACUGUUAUUGGGGAGCACUACAACAGUCAAAUCAGAGAACUUGUCUUGCUCAAGCCAGAUGUUGAGGUCACCAAACUGACCGAGGUUAUUCGGCAGUUUCGAGACGACGAAUUGGAGCAUCUGGAAACAGCCUUGGAUCAUGAAGCCAAAAAAGCACCUGCAUAUCCUAUACUCACAAAUGCGAUCAAGACGGGAUGCGGUGCAGCAAUCUGGAUUGCAUCCAGAUUCUAACAAAGUGCAUGCCCUUUUGUAUAAAUGAAGGUCACUUCACAUUUG